CACAAUACACUUCCUGUUUGGAUUUUGCUCGGAAAAUAAUUUUUCAGUGCAGAACUUUCGCAGGCAAGGGGUAAUAAAGUAUGGGGAUUAUUUUACGAUACUUGGCUUGUUCGUUUUUGUACCCACUGAUUUCUGCUGUACCAAUAAACGACCCGUUUCGGGAGUGGCACCGUCAGAGUAUAAGCAAAUUCUGGCAUAUCUCUGACCUGCAUUUGGAUCCCAGCUAUCAUAUCACAGAAGAUCCCACCAAAGUGUGUUUCUCCUCAAAGGGCUUCCCUGCAUCAGACCCAGGGCUUUUUGGUGAUUUCCUGUGUGACUCUCCAUACCAGCUAAUUGAAUCUGCCUUCAGAUACAUGAAGGAUGUGGAUUUAGAGCCUGAGUUUAUUAUCUGGACAGGAGACAGCCCCCCUCAUGUUCCAAUAGAUGAACUAUCCACAGACAUUGUGAUCAGUGUAAUCAGUAACAUGACGCACACCAUACACCAGUUUUUCCCUCAGCUGCCAGUAUACCCUGCCCUGGGCAACCAUGACUACUGGCCACAGGAUCAACUUGCUGUGAAUGCAUGUGAAGUUUAUGAGGCUGCAGCCACUCUUUGGGCUCCAUGGCUGCACUCAGAAGCCUUGGCUACUCUGCGUAAAGGUGGCUUUUACUCUCAGCUGAUUAAGCCUGGACUCCGGCUGGUGAGUCUGAACACAAACCUUUACUACAGUCCCAACAAGGUGACCGUGAACGUGACUGACCCAGCAGACCAGCUCCAAUGGCUAGAAGACACGCUGGAGAUGUCCAAACAGAGCAUGGAGAGAGCCUAUGUGAUUGCACAUGUUCCAAUUGGUUACCUGCCGUAUGCUAAAAACACCACAGCCAUAAGGGAGCACUUCAACGAGAGGCUAGUGGACAUAUUCCGCAACUACAGUGACAUCAUUCAGGGCCAUUUCUAUGGUCACACUCAUCGCAACAGCAUAAUGGUUCUGCUGGAUCGACAAGGGAAGCCUGUCAACUCUGUCUUUGUCACACCGGCUGUGACCCCAAUCAGAAGUGUUCAAGAGCAGUAUUCAAAUAAUCCUGCUGUCCGCAUGUACCUCUACAAUUCCCAGGACUAUGGCUUACAGGAUCUUUGGCAGUUCUAUUUGAAUCUCACCGAAGCAAACAAAGAAGAAAGGCCCACUUGGAGACUUGAAUACGCCAUGACUAAAGCGUUUGAUAUCAAAGAUAUUCAGCCAGAAAGUCUGUAUAAACUUGCCCUGGAGUUUGAGGUGCCACAAAGCAAAGCCUUUCAGAAGUAUUUCAAUUAUUUCAUGGUGAGUUACAAUGACAGUAUCACUUGUGAGGAUGAAUGUAAAACAGUACAGGUCUGUUCUGUUCGCUUUUUGGACAAUGAGUCCUAUUCACAGUGUAUAAGUAAAGCAGCAUUAUUUAAUGCUUAAAAAGACAAAAGAGAUAUUCUUCUAUUUCGUACUUUGCACCAACAAAGGGAAUGGAUCUUACCUUUUCUGUUUUUAACGGGAGUCAGUCUUAUAGGCUAUGAGUAUCUUUUUUAAAUAAAACAAAGAUUUUAUUACCAGGGAAGGGCAUAUUAUCAGUUCAUGUCUGUGUUAAAGAGUGCAGGUUUAUAGCCACUGUUUUUUCACUGGGUUUUUUUCACAUUUCCAGCUGAUCACUUGAAGAUUAUUUUUUAUUGUUAUUGCUUUCCAGGAGCCUGCCAUGCUUUUUCUUUUCUGUAGCUUAACACUGUAGCUAAGCAGCAUUUUCUAUGACCGCAUUUAAUUUUCAUUCAGUCAUUUUGGCUGAUAGCGCAGGUAUACUAGAAGACCACAUGGCUUUAUAAGUGAGUGCAGUGUGAGAUAUUUUAUGUUUUACUGUGGUGAGACCUGCUGCUAACUGUUUUAUUUUAAUUUAGGCAUGUGAUAAAUUGAAAAUGCCACACAUCCAAGCCAGUUAACAAGAAUCAUGAAAGAUUCUUCUUUGCACAAUAAAUAAAUAAAACUGUGACAGCU